UGGAGAUGCCCUAAAAAUCCUAAUCGCGCCUAUAAAAUAGCACCGCAAAACCCUGUCCCUCCCGUAAACCUAUCACGACAAUCUUGUUGACACACUUCUUCACUUACAGAGCAGACAUGGUUGCCAGAACUCCAACCAGAGGAGGCCGUGGCGGUGGUAGAGGAGGAAGGGGAGAUGGAAGUGGAAGAGGAGGUUUUACUGGUGGAAGAGGUGGUUUUGGUGGCAGGGGAGAUAGCGCCAUGAAGAGAGGCGGCGGAAGAGGCGGAAGGAGAGGUGGUCGCGGCGGUGGCAGGGGUGGAAGAGGAGGAAUGAAAGGAGGAAGUAAGGUUAUAGUUGAGCCACACAGACACGACGGUGUUUUUAUUGCAAAGGGGAAAGAGGAUGCGCUCUGCACAAAAAAUAUGGUUCCUGGUGAAGCUGUUUACAAUGAGAAGAGGAUCUCUGUUCAGAAUGAAGAUGGAACUAAAGUUGAGUACAGAGUAUGGAAUCCUUUCCGAUCGAAGUUGGCCGCUGCAGUUCUUGGCGGAGUUGAUAACAUUUGGAUUAAACCUGGUGCUCGUGUGCUUUACCUCGGUGCUGCUUCUGGAACCACUGUUUCUCAUGUUUCUGACAUUGUUGGCCCUGAAGGGGUGGUUUAUGCUGUUGAAUUUUCUCACAGAAGUGGAAGGGAUUUGGUGAACAUGGCUAAGAAAAGGACUAAUGUUAUUCCCAUUAUUGAGGAUGCAAGACAUCCUGCAAAGUAUAGGAUGCUUGUUGGCAUGGUUGAUGUCAUAUUUUCUGAUGUUGCGCAACCUGACCAGGCACGGAUAUUGGCCCUGAAUGCAUCCUACUUCUUGAAAGCUGGAGGCCACUUUGUUAUAUCAAUCAAGGCGAACUGCAUUGACUCCACUGUACCAGCUGAGGCUGUAUUUGCCCAGGAAGUUAAAAAGUUGCAGCAAGAUCAGUUCAAACCUGUUGAACAGGUUACAUUGGAACCUUUUGAACGAGACCAUGCUUGUGUCGUUGGUGGCUAUCGUGUGCCUAAGAAACAAAAGGCCGCAACCUAAACCUCCUUUUUCUUAGCAUAGUUGAUGUAAUGUGCUUUUCUUCUCUUUUGGACCUCGUUAUUUAGAUCUUUCUAGUUUGCAAUAUUUUCCUUUCAAAAAAUUUCGUUUUGUGAAUUUAGUAGUCAAUCCAUUAGAAGUAGUGCAAAGUGCCGACAAAUAGAAAUUUUGGAGACCUGAUGUCAUAUGAAGAGUUGUUCGUCAUUUUUCAUAUAUUCGGAAUAUUUUGUCACGUUUUUAUAUGAUGUUUAAUAUUCCCGCCUA